AUGUUUCAACUAGUUAAGAAGCUGGGUUUUUUGAAGUCAAGAAUAAAGGAUUGGAAUGUGCGGCAUUUUAAGAAUGUUUUUGGUGAAAAGGCUAGGAUUCAGGGGGAAAUUGAGCAACUUAAUAAAAAAAUUGUUGCUUUAGGUAUGUCUUCUGCAAUGUAUGAUGAGCUUAAGUCGCUGAACAUACAGUUGAGCGAGACCCUGGCUAGGGAAGAAUCUUAUUGGAGGAAGAAGUCUAGGGAUCUUUGGCUUUCAGAAGGUGAUCGAAAUACCAAAUUAUUUCAUUCCUCCUCUAAGCUCAAGAGACUUCGUAAGCGAAUCUCUUGUAUUGUUGACUCUAAUGGUAAUACUCUGAUAGAUGAGGACAAAAUAGCUACCGAAGCUGUUAGAUUUUUUAAAUCUCUUCUCUCAGUUGAGAUGGUGGUGGUUGAUGACGAGUUUGUAAAUUUGAUCCCUCCUUUAGUCUCUCAAGAAGAUAAUAAGAUGCUUAUGGCCCCAUUUUCAUUAGCUGAAUUGAAAGAGAUAGUCUUUUCCAUGCACCCGGAAAAGGCACCGGGACCGGAUGGAUUUACGGUAUUAUUCUUCUAG